AGUGAGAAUAGGUGGAGACUGUCAUGAGAUAUAAAAGAGAAUAACAUUUGGUCUUUUCACUUGGUUAUAUAACAUAGAAAAUGGCUCUUUCUCAUCCCCAGGGUCUCCUCACAUUAGUUCUGUGUGUGGUCAUUUCACAUGGCAGAGCUGAUCCACAAGAAUAUGACACUGUGACAGCAACUCAACAAGAAAAUGUCACCCUCCCCUGUUCCGUAUCUAACCUGAUGGAUCCAAAGAGCUGCUACAGAAUCAAAUGGACAAAAGACGCAUCUAAGAAGGUUAUUCUUGCCAGGCCUGAAACAUCAAAGAUCCAGGAUGCAGCGCGUGUAAAAUGGCAAGCUAAUGAACAAGGACAUAUGUGUCUUUUUAUAACUAAAGUCCAAAAAUCUGACGAGGGAAUGUACAGCUGUGAAAUCUGCAAAGGCUGGGACUGUACACUUGACAAGAACAUAUAUUUGAAAGUAAAAGAAUGCAAAGCCUUGCAACCAGUGAAUGUAAAACCCAGCACCCGUGCAAGCCUCCAUUGCGAAGUGGAUGUGACAUCAGGGCAACAAGGACCCCAAAACAUCUCAUGGGAAAAGCUGAAAGGAGGCCACUCUGUGUCUGUGUCAAGACCAGCUGAAUCUAAUGAGACAUCACUAGUGAUCCAGUCUGUGAGCCAAAGUGACAGCGGAUGGUACAGAUGUAAAUACAUGCUCGGACAAACUGAGCGCUGCUUUGAAAUAAAACUUCAAGUGGGAAAUGUUGAGGUGACCACAUCAAUGACCACAUCAAUGACCACAGCAGUACCAGCCCUGACAACCAGUUUGAUUAUUUUGGAAACCAUGAAGGAGGGGAGCAGUGGAGCAUUGAUUGCAGUCAUUGUGACUGUAGCCAUUGUUGGGAUUGCCAUAACUACUGCUCUGACCCUACUGAUCAUUUACAACAGACGUAACACCCAGGAAGCUUUACAGCAUACACAGAGUCCCCACACAGGUGAUGCUGUAGAGCUGUACGCAGAGUAUGAGGUUACAAGUUUAACACCUUCAAAUGAUCUUUUGACCCAACGAGUUAAUACCCUUUACAAAUACCAGGAUGACAACAUAGAUACUUGUAUGUAUCAAAACUCAGUGCAUUAAUUCACAUCAUAUAUUAAAACUGCAAAAUAACAAAUUUCUGUCUUUCAUUGCAGUCCAUUACUAGUCAUUUCUGGCUGAACAUGGAGAAUAUUUUCCACGAUUGACUGUGUACAUGAAUGCAUUGUUCAAAAGCUUGUUGUAUCUUAACUACAGAUGUCUGAGUUUGUAUUGUAGAGUCGCAGAUUAAGGAAUAUAAAAAAUGCUAACCCUCUGCUUUGUCACUGCUGAAAAUAUUAUGUCUUCACCCUGUUUGUAUCAAUAUAUCACGUCAUUUGUUUUCUUUUUGAUAAAUAAAAUGACAUGUUCACAA